AUGGAGAGAAUUCUUAUGAAAGAAGAAGGGCAGAGUGAGUGUAACACAAGAGAUGCGUUUACAACGGCCUUACUAAGACGAGCAGCUAACAAUCUUGGGGUUCAGUACACUGUCGGAUGUACACAAAGGAGUAACAGUGCUAUAGUGAAUGAUUUGGAAGUCGUAAAGGAUGAAAUACGUUCCAGAGAGCGAGUUUUUGGGGUAAUGGAUGCCAGUCUCAUUCCGCUUUUUAUUAGAGCAGGUGAUCUGUCGUCUUUGUGCGAGAGUUCUCUCGGUUUCUACAAAAAAGCACUUGAUGUCCUUGAUGAGAACAAUGCAGUAGCAAAUGAUUCACUGAGGAUAGGUGAUGUUAGUGUAUCGGGCUACGCUGACCUCGGCUCACGGUUCUUUCAACAUGGGGAGUAUGUGUUAGCCAGGGAUGCCUUCCGUGCGGCCGCAUCUAUUUGCCAAGAAAAAGUAACCUCGGCGUCCGCCCCCUUCUUUAAGAGUCACAGCGAUGGGUGUUGUGAUCCUGAAGAUGUGGAGCGACUGCGGGGUCGUCUGCGGGAAUCGCAGAAAGGGGCCCUGGGAAGAAGAGUGCCGUCCAACCCUGUGAGGGAAGUGGGCGGGAACGAAGGAAAACUCACGGGAAUGCGGGACGUGGAAGAACUACAAAGACUUGUAGAGUAUAUUUUUGAUCCUGCAAAUGAGGGUGAUGGAAGUAAUAUACAGUACAAGUGUUAA